AUGAAGAAGCUCUUUGGGAGAGACAAGGCCAAGGUCGUCAAAGUCACUCCGGGCAUCCGCGACGACGUUUCUGUCCUUGGCGAAAACGACACACCCCCGGCCUCCAGACACGACAGAAUUCACUCCAACCCAGAAGACGCCUGGGACAUGGUCUCGGAGGCGGAUCCUCCACUACACCCACUACGACACGCCCCAUCUCAGCAGUCUUCAUACACCUCCAUCAACCAUGUCGGCUCGCCGAACCCCAGCCCAUUACCGCGCCCAAGUUCUCCCUUCGCUUCUAACGGUCUUCCCCCACCGCAAAACACCGUAAAGUCAAAUCAGACCAAGGACCAAGGCACCGUCCUCCGCAAGAAGACCCCUGCGGCUCCGAACGCAUUCGCUGCCGUCGGCAUCCUCAACUCUCUCAACCCCUCCCAUCUGGAGCCUGUAGACUCAAGGGAGCAGUCCGAUGACGGAUUCACGGACUCCUCACAUAGAGAAGACAAGGAGAAGAGGGAGAAGCGGCCGUUCUGGGAACGGUCAAAUAACAAAGAGAGGGACAGAGAGAAGGAUAGAGCGAGAGAGCACGAGCGGGAAAGGCAGCAUCUUUAUACGAGAGAGAAGGAGCGGGAGAGGGACAGGAGAGAGGACGGUGUGCCUGCUGAGCUUACACGAUUGCUUGGCUACCUCUUCGCAACAUCCUCAGAAGACUGGUCAUUGGUUCUAGAGGUCUGUGAUAGAGUAUCUACGAGCGAGGAAAAUGCGAAGGAGGCUGCAAAGGCACUCCGGCGAGAGUUCAAAGGUGGCGAACCAUCGACUCAGCUUUCGGCGGCUCGAUUGUGGGCGAUUAUGCUCCGCAAUUGCUCUCUGUCCUUCGUCAAGCAAUGCACCUCGCGCAAGUUCCUUGACGCACUCGAGGAAGUCCUCAAAGCCAAGACCACUACUCCCGUAGUGCGGGAACGGCUGAUCGCCGUUCUCGCCGCAGCUUCGUACGCGAGUGAUUCCGAAUCCGGGUUCAGGCACCUCUGGCGAAAAGUAAAGCGUGAAGACCAACCUGAUGAGGGUGUUCCGUUCGAUACGGACGACGCGAUGUUCUAUCCCGUUACUCCAAGACAUUCUGUGGGACCGAACUCAUUGCAACCGCCAAUCCUUGACCCACAACCCCAACCCCAGCAUCCUCAUAGCCUCCAACCUGGCCACCCUCAGGCUCUGCAACGCAACCCUUCCCAGCUUCCGCAACAACCCCCUACUCUACACCAACCCCAACCCCAGCGACCGCCUGCCACGGUCACAUCGAGCAAGCCUAGGUCUCGCAAUCGCGUCAUUCCUCCAGAGGAAGACAUUCGUCGAUUGUUCCAGGAGUGUAAGGUCGGCCGAGGGAAUGCAAACCUCCUCUCAGAGGCCCUCACGUAUGCGAAGCCGGAGGACCUCAGGAGCAAAGACAUUAUCAAGGAGUUUUAUGCCCGAUGUCGCGCUUCGCAAGAGCUCAUCUCCGCUCAAAUUCCCUGGGCCUUUGCUCAAGCCGAGCGUUCGCGUGAAGCGUUGCUUUCCAAAGGUGGAGCGAAUCCGAAACCGCCAAAGGAGGGCAGGCAUUCAAUAGACCAGGACCGUCCACCCUCCAGCCCCAAAAAGGACAAGGAGGAGCACCAGACGACGGAAGAGAAGCUCCUUGCUGCAAUCUUGGCGUCGAACGAGGAGCUGCUUGAAGCCCUUCGCCUUUAUGACGACCUUGAACGAGUCGGCAUCGAGCGGGAUACCGAGGAGAGGAGCAAACGGGAUGUCCGGAUGGAUCGUACGCGUCUUCACGUCGACGAGGAAAACAAUUUGCAGUACCUCGAGCCGACGGAGAACCUCAUCGGCGGGUCUUCCUCCUCCCGCGCGCCAUCACCACCGCCCUCGACAUCCCCUUCACCUGCCCCAUCGUUGGUCAUCACCUCCGCCCACGGUCAUGGCAGCAGCCAUGCGGCCCCCGUUCCCAGCCAGCCGGCACCGGGGCGCGCUCCCCACCCCGUGCAGCAUACAAGCUCGCAAGGGUCAGUGCUAUCGCUCGCGCCGCCCCCACCAGCACCGCACGGUCCGCGACUGCCACAGCAGCGGUCGAACACGCCCUCUCCGGAGCGGGGGCAGUUGAACCACGUCGGGCGGGCAUCGAUGGAGAGCACGACGGCGAGGCAGCCGAGCAAUCUCCGGCACGACAGCAGCUCCGAGCCAUCGGACGCAGACCUCGACGAGUGCAAGACGCCUGUGCGGCCGAGCGCGAAGGCUCUGGGGAAGCGCAGGGUGGUCGAACCCCCCGAAGGCGAACGCGCGUUCGACCCGGACGACCUGUUUUACGAGCAGGGCCAGAACCCGAACAACAACGGCGUGCAGCACUCGGACGACUCGGAGUCGGACGACGGCAAGGCGAAGGGCCCGUGGCACCGCCCAGUGCAUUAUGUGUACGACGCUGCGGCGGAGCGGACGCAGCAGCGGAUUCGGGAAGGGCGGCUCGCCGCGGCGGCGCUCGUGGGUGGAGUGCACUAG